AUGGAGGGGAUGACCCUAACUUGGCCAGACUACAUUGUAAUUCUUGGCACGAUGUGCGUUAGUACUGGAAUCGGUAUUUACUACAAAUUUACUGGGAAUCGUCAGAGAACCACUGCUGAGUACUUUACUGCUAACAAAUCGAUGGGAACGUUGCCUGUUGGUAUUGCUCUUAUGGUCACGUUUAUUUCAGCUGUAGCACUUCUUGGAAUUUCUUCAGAUAGUUAUACCCAUGGUACAAUGUACGUUGUCUUUUACAUACCAUUUCUCUUAGUAGUACCCAUUGUUUGUUAUGGCUACUAUCCCAUUUUUUACAAACUACAACUAACAAGUGUUUUUGAGUACUUGAAGCUUCGCUUUGGAAAUUUUGCUAGAUCCACCACAAGUUGGGCCAAUUGGGUUCAAUUACUUUUGUACUCCGGGAUAUGCCUAUAUGCUCCAGCUCUUGCCUUAGAAGUGACAGCUGGUCUACCCCAACUAUGGAGCAUUAUUGCACUGGGUGUUGUCUGUGCAUUUUAUUCAAGUAUAGGUGGAAUGAAGGCUGUUCUGGUUACUGAUGUCUUUCAAGGUUUUCUCAUGCUAGCAGCUGUCUUUAUGGUUAUUAUCACGGCUGCUUGGAAUGUUGGAGGAUUGGGAGAAAUUUGGCGGAUCGCUAAAGAAGGUGGAAGACUUGAAAUUAAUAACUUUUCUCUCAAUCCCACGGAACGUCAUAGUUGGUGGAGCUUAACAUUUGGUGGGAUGACUGUGCUCCUGUCUAUGAACGGCGUGAGUCAAGUUCAAGUCCAACGAUUGAUGACAGUAAAAAACUUACAUUCGGCAAGAAAAGCAAUGGUGAUAAAUAUGAUAAUUCACAACUUAUUUGGGAUUGCUACAUGCUUUGCCGGUUUGGCUAUAUACUCGAGGUAUCACGAUUGUGAUCCUAAAGCUAGUGGCAGAAUAACAUCCAAUGACCAGUUAAUGCCUUUUUACAUAAUGGAUACACUGUCACAAUUUCCUGGACUGCCAGGUUUAUUUAUAUCAGGGAUCUUCAGUGCUGCUUUAAGUACAAUAUCUGCUUCAUUAAAUUCAUUGGCUGCGAUUACAUUGGAGGAUCAUGUAAAGCCAAUUUAUGAAAAAUGCUGGAAACGGUCCAUUUCUGAGCCUUUGAUGAUGAAAAUUGGAAAAAGUUUGGCCUUUGCUUAUGGUCUUGUUUGCAUUGGUAUAGCUUUAUGUGGUCAGUUCCUCGGUAGUGUUCUACAAGCAUCAUUGUCUAUCAACGGCUGCAUAGGCGGUACGGUGCUGGGAAUUUUUACACUAGGGAUGCUCGUUGAGUCGGCAAAUGAACCAGGUGCCGUUUUUGGUCUUUUAUCGACAUUAGUUUUCGUGAUGUGGAUAAGUUUUGGAACACCUAGACCCACACCUGCAGAGUUGCCUGCAUCAAUCACAGGAUGCGAGUUCAACAUAACAUCAACUCCUUUCAAUGGAAUCAGCAACUUUGACGGUAUAACGAGAGAAGACGAUGACAACAGCACCGAGGACUCGGCAUACUUUUAUCUCUACCGAAUCUCGUACAUGUGGUACAGCGUAAUUGGCUUCGUUGGGACAUUUGUGGUGGGCUUCGUAGCGAGUUGCAUCUACCGAUGUUUUGUUGCUGCCGAUGACAACGAAAAGAAGCGAUUAGAUCCGGAUCUGUUCUUUCCCGUGAUAGCUAGCCGCAUCCGCCAUAGACAUCAGAUGCAACAAUCAUAA